AUGCAGUCCAUGGUGGAAGUUCAAAAUAAUCUAAAAAUCUUUUCUCCUCAAUCGUCAAAUAGUAUGUUUAUGAACGACUUCCGCGAGUUGCGUUCAAACCCUGCAGAAGGCAAGAUCCAGGCGCAGGAACUAUUCAUAUACCGUCCUCCCCUUCAUCCUUCCGAGAUCCAAGGAUGUACUGUGUUCGACACCUGCGCCGUUGUGAAUACCCCUGACGUUAUGGAUCUAAGUGUAAGAAAUCAUGUUCUAGUAAUUAUUCCUUUCCCGGUGUUGACCGAACUGGAUCGACUGAAUAAAAAUAGUGGUAAUAACGAGUUGCGUGCGAAAGCUCGGGUAGCCAUGCGUCGGCUUCGACAGUUGCAUUCAAGCAGAUAUGUCGAGUUGGAGGACUCUAAUGAUUCCAAACGAGGUGUGGAUGGAAUUAUUGCCACUAACAACGACGAACGCAUAUUGCGAUGCGCUUACAGAAUUCAAACCGCACUGCCACCUGAUUGCCUUCAUGCUGGUAAAAUUGUUUUUGUGACCGACGACUGCAAUCUUUCCCUGAAGGCGGCUGCUCAUGCUGUCAAGUGUAUGACAUCUGAAGAGUACUGCACCCUUAUGAAUCAGUCAAGAAUCCCAGAAGUUCCAGAGGAACCAAUGGAUGUCGAUCCAGAUCCGGAGCCAGACCCAAUUACAACUCAGCGUAGCACAUCUGAGUUGCCAGUACCUCGAAUUGAUAGUCUUAAACCAACAAAAGCAAGCAGAGCGUUAAAGCCUAAAUUACAAGCAAAGGAGAUGGUCAAGAGCAAGAUUUCUAUUCCUCAGGCCCUCAUGGAACGUUUGGAAACACCAGUAACAAAACGUCGUUUGCAGUUAAGGGCCAAGAAAAAGGAUAAUAUAAAAGUGAUUUCACGAUCUGGGAGAGAUAAAAGCAAAACAGUGGGCCCGGGUAAAGAGAACGAUACUAUCGAGACAGCAAAAAGCAGUGAAUAUUACAUAGCAUCUCAUCCUGGUACUGCCACUGAUAGGCCAAGCAGAUGGCAGCAAUACAGAGAACCACAAAGUUUUUCGAGAUAUUAUCAAGAGCAAAGUGAGAAGGGACGUGUAGAGAAGGUCUACCAUGAUGCACUAUAUCCUCCACAAACGCCCAGUUCACUUUUGCCCAACUCCAAAAGUGAUCGUACAACAUCACUCCUACAACCGUCGCGGCAACCACCCUUACGAAAGGUAGAGGCUGAAGGAAGCCUGUAUCGUACUUCCGAUGAUCGUGAUAAUACGACAAUCGCAAUCUGUCGUUAUUGUAAACGUAGUUGUAGCUUAGAAGAUACUUCUAAUAGUGAGGAGGAUCCUACUUCUUCGAGAAGAGUUCGCUCAAGAAUAAACCGAAAAUCUCCUGUAGAGGACGACCCAAUGCGCAAAACAGUCUGCUCUCGUACGCCCUCUGUUUCAAAUGUGUCUAGCAAGUAUUACAGGAGCUCUGCUCGACAAGUACAGCAGUCCCGGUCAGAUCAGGAGGACUCAUCAAGAAAAAACUCUCAGUCAGCUUCUGAACUUGCUCUCAUGAAAUUCCUCGAGAUCUGGAGGGGAUUGGUUGCGAAGGUGAUCGAAAAGAUAGCGCGAGGAAAUCCAUCAGAAAAGGCCAAAACAGAUAUCAGAAAGUUGCGGGAAUGUGCGCGACAGUUAUGCGAAAGCGGUGAGCUAAGUCAUCUAAAGGAACUUGUGGACAUGACUUCUACCCUGUAUUACUUCUACACUUUCGAUCCUGCUUUUAAAAACCUGGGAUUCGCUCCAGCUGUUCUAUCUGGUGUGCUGUCCUUAAUGCUGAGCCGAGCCACCGUCGCUGCAGAUGAGCUUGUGGACUCUAUAAUGGGUUUUGUUGUGGAUCCCAGUGUAUUGAGUUGCUGA